AUGAAAUAUUUAGUCACAUCCUUUUUGGAAGGUCCUACUCUUAUUGGAGAAUAUGAAAGAUUGAAAGUAUCAAAAAUAUUUACAUACAUAAAAGAUAACAAAUUAAAAAAGAUUUUCAAGCUUAGAUGUUAAGAUUAUUUUGAAGAAAUUACUAGUCAAUCUCGCAACUCUUCAUUCACAUAGAGUAUUAGUUUCAUUUCCAAUAUUAGAUCAUACAUAGAGAUUUAAAACCAGAAAAUUUGAUGUUUAAAAUAAAAGGAGAUAGUUCCUCUUUGAUUCUAGUUGACUUUGGAUUGGCAACAUAUGAAUCGUUUGAAAUGUACAUUUGAUAAUAGCCUUAAGGUUGUUUUAUCCAAAGAGUGGAACACCUGGUUAUGUGGCACCUGAGAUAUUUAAUGUAAAGACUGCUAACUAAUAUUCAACUAAAGUGGAUAUAUUUAGUUGUGGAUGUAUAUUUUAUAAACUGUUGACUGGUAAGAACGUUUUCGAAGGGGAUACUUUUGAUGAAGUACUUAAAAAAAACAAAUAAGGAUAAAUUGAUUUCAAUCUUCAUAUAGAUUAGGAUUAUAUCACAGUAUAUUCACUUGUAUCUUUCAGCUAUUAUUUAGAAUCUUUUAUAAAAAAUGUUAUUGAAGAAUCCAAUAAAUAGAAUAAGUGCUUUGGAUGCCUUAAAUCAUCCUUAUUUUAGAGAUGAAGAUAAUACUAUUCAUCCAUCAUUAAGAUCUUUAUAAUUUAAUGAAGAAAUGCGUGAAGAUGAUGAAGUUAAUAAUGAAAAAAGACAAGAAGAAGAAGAUAAAAAUUAUAUUUAAAUGCCUAAAAUUACUAGAAAAUGCUAAUCGAUAUGGAAUAUUACAUUUUUUCAAUAAAAUUCCUAAAAAACAGUUUUUGAUUCUAGUUCAUCUAUUGAUUAUGAUCCUCUUUCUGGAUCGAAAAGUGCUAAGUUAACUUUCUGUCCUUUGGUCUCUUAAGUGUUAGAAUGA